AUGAGAUACUGGUGCAGAGAUAUCAUUAUUAACUUUGAGUGGAGUCAAGUUGUACAAGGAUUUUGGCAACGUUACCCGAAUCCAGCAAGUGCUCAUGUUUUAACAGAGGAUGUUCUAGAGCGAAGAAUUGAAGGACAUAAACUUAUCACUAAAAGGAUUAUCAUGAAAAAAGGAAAAGUGCCGUCAUAUUUGGAAAGGUUCACUGGCGGUGUAAGAAAUAUUCAUGUGAUAGAAGAGUCAGUGUUGGAUUUAAAUGAAAAAACAUUUGUAACUUAUACAAGGAACAUUGAUAUGCAAAAUGUAAUGAGUGCACAUGAAAAAUGUUCUUAUCGUGUCAAUCCCAAGGACCCAUCAAAUGUACUGUGUGAAAGACAGUUAUGGUCGGGUUCAAAUAUUGCAGGGUUCGGAAAUAUCAUAUCAAUGUAUGGAGUGAAGCAAUAUCAGAAGAAUUUCGAAUCAACAAGCAAUGGAUUUAAUUAUGUGUUACAGUCAAUGUUUGACCCAGACUCAUUAAAGACAAGUCGAUCUGAAAAAUGUACAAACAAGAAAAUAAACUACAUACUGAAAAUUCUAAAACAGAUUCAUUCAAAAGUGCGAGAACUUUUGUUUCCCCAUAAUUACACAUUGCUUGUAUAUAACCAUCAAAUCCCUGAGCAUCCUAGUCAUAUCUUACACGCAAAUGCAUCCUUCUGUAUGUGA